AUGGCACCCAACAAGCAGCCUGUACUGUUCGACGUGUUGACGACUACGGCGGAUGACCUUCGCAAACGUCUCGAGGCAGGAACCAUCACCAGCCUGGAGAUUGUAGAGUCGUAUCUCUCACAUAUUGAAGCGCACAACACCACCGGCGCCAAAUGCAGGGCCAUCAUCUCUACCCCUCCCAGAUUUCAGCUUGUCGCCUGGGCUGCUCGGCUCGAUGAAGAACGCCAACGAGGGGACGUGAAGGGUCCUCUUCACGGAAUACCCAUUCUCCUCAAGGACAACAUUGCUACUGACCCGUCUCUCGGGAUGCCAACAACCGUUGGAUCCUAUGCUCUCUGGGACUCCUGCCCAGCGGGCAAUGGCCCAGUCGUCGAAAAUUUGAUCGACUGCGGCCUCAUCAUUCUUGGAAAAGCCAACAUGACGACACCUGCCGGCUCUUCGACUGGAUCUGCAGUGGGCGUCGCCUCUGGGUUUGCCCCAAUUUUUGUGGGAACCGAGACAUCUGGGUCCAUGGUAUCUCCUGCUGCUGUUGCAGCUCUAUAUGCACUCAAGCUCACGCCAGGCUCCAUCCCGAUGACUGGGGUUAUGGAAUUGACUGCUUGCUUUGACACGCUAGGCGCUUUUGGCAAAUCAGCAUUGGAUGUAGCUCUCGCCUGCGAUGCUCUUCUAGCUUCACAUAGUGGGACGAGUCUGGCAUCGUCCGUGUCAUCUAUGAAGCUUGAAGAUGUUUCGGUGGGCUUCGUUGACAUCGAAAAGUGGAGGCUGCCUGCCGGCACUCAGGUUGACGAUCCGAAAUACUUCGAGCAAACCGCCCGAGAGUAUCAGCAAGCAAAGGACAUGCUGCGACAGAGUGGUGUCAAGGUUGUCGACGCAUACAUCAUCCCUCCAGAGGAGUACAUGAUAGGUGACAUAAGCGUCGACGAUUUGAUGGACAAGAUCAUUAGAUGCCAAGGAAAGAAUGGUAUAGAGCGCUACCUCAAAGCCCUCAAAUUCUCCAAGGUCAGAACUUUGGAGGAGAUCCUCCAAUUCAAUGAAGACCACGCGGAAGUUGAGCUUGACAAAGGCGGGCUCUCGGGGCUCGUCACGGAAUCGAAGCCGGAUGAUGAAGUUUCGGAGUGGCUUGAGGAGUGCAAGCGUUGGGCGGCUACGGAAGGAAUCGACAAAGUCACUUCAGAGCAAGGUGUGGAUGUCGUCGUGUGUUGCUCAGACAGCUACUUUGCAGGCGUCUCAGUGGCAGCGCGAUACCCGAUGGCGGCGGUUCCUUUAGGGUACAUUGAGAGUAGCGGACGACCAUACGGCCUCCAGGCCAUCGCCCCAGCCCAUCAGGAGGCCAAGUUGGUCAGGUUCAUGGCGGCAUGGGAGCGCGUCUUUCCGCCGAGACGGGUCCCGGAUCUAGAAGCGUGCGAGAAAGCGAGGGUCGGUUUGAAUGAUUAG